AUGGUCGACGGCGCCAAGGGGAAUAUCACAGUGCGAGAGAAGACCGUCGCAGCCUCGAUGACACCGAGAGAAAAGGACGCCUCCUCCGUCGAGGCCGGCACUUCGACACCCCUGGAGCUCGACGAGCUCGAUCGCAGAGUCAAAGACGCCUACACCGGUUCGACUGAGCAGCAUGCCUUUAGUGUCCCCAUCGAGGCCGACUAUUGGAAAGGUGUCUACGAACAGGCCCAGUAUGAGGGCCGUCACCGGUUCGACCCUGCGAUCCAGUGGAGUUCGACCGAGGAGAAGAAACUCAUCCGCAAGAUCGACAUCCGAAUCAUGCUGUGGGUGUGGAUCAUGUUCUCGUCGUUGGACCUCGUGCGGCGAAACAUCAACCGUGCCAUCUCGGACAACAUGCUCGACGAGCUGAACAUGAACACCAACGACUUCAACAACGGCCAGACCAUCUACCUCUUCUCCUUCCUGGCCGCCGAGCUCCCCGGUGGGCUGCUGAGCAAGAAACUCGGCCCGGACGUCCUCACGCCCAUCUGCAUCUGCGUCUGGGGCACCAUCUGCUGCUGCCAGAGCCUCAUCACCGACCGCACGGGCUUCUACCUGACGCGCGCGUUCCUGGGCAUGGCCCAAGGCGGGUUCAUCCCCGACAUGGUCCUCUAUCUCACGUACUUUUACAAGAGCAGCGAACUGUCCAUUCGCCUCUCGGUCUUUUGGACCGCCAUACCUGUGACGCAGAUCAUCGGGGCGCUGAUGGCUGCUGGCCUGCUCAAGAUGAGGGGCAUACACGAUUGGAGCGGGUGGCAGUGGCUCUUCCUGAUCGAAGGCCUCCUCAGCAUCGUCGUGGGCCUGUCGACCUUCCUCGUCAUGCCCGCCAGCAUCACCGAGACACAGCGCAUCCUGCGCGGCCGCGCGACCUGGCUCCACGGCCACACCGGGUGGUUCAGCGAACGCGAAGAGAAGAUUCUCGUCAACCGCCUCCUCCGCGACGACCCGUCCAAGGGCAACAUGCACAACCGACAGCACGUCUCGGUCAAGCGCAUCUGGAAGGCCGUCGUCGACGUGGACCUGUGGCCGCUGUAUAUUCUCGGAUUCAUCGCUUUCAUCCCCUUUCAACCCGCGGCCAAUUACUUGUCCCUCACGCUGAGGAAUCUGGGAUACACGGUCUUCGAGGCGAACAUGCUCGCCGUGCCGGGCUAUGCCUUGUUCUUUAUCAACAUCCUCGUCGUCACCUGGAUGAGCGAAAAGUAUCGCGAACGACUCCUCUUCUCGUCUCUCUGCGUGUGGUGGGUGUUGCCGUUCUUCAUCGGCCUCCUCGCGAUAUCGAAGAGUGCGAGCCCGUGGGUCCGAUACGCGCUGCUCACGGGUGUCAACGGCGAACCGUAUACGCACGCGAUCCUCGUGUCCCUCAUCUCCCGCAACGCCAACGAUGUGGGCACCCGCGCCGUCUCGGCCGCCGUGUACAACAUGUGCUACCAAUUCGGAUCGGUCGUGGCGGUCAACGUCUACCGCGACGAGGAUAAACCAUAUUACUACCGCGGCAACAAGAUCCUCAUCGGCAUCACGUGCGGGAGCAUCGCCCUCUUCUUCCUCGCCAAGCUGUACUACGUCAAGCGGAAUCAGCAGAAAGAAAAGGUGUGGAGCGCCCUCAGUCCCUUUGAGCGCGGGCAGUAUCUGUCCACGACGAGCGAUACGGGCUCGAGGAGGUUGGAUGUCAGGUUUGUGCAUUAG